AUGGGCAAAGAUUACUGGGAUGUCACUCAGUGGGGUUUCCUCAAAGCUUUCCUUCCAAAUUUGAUGAAAUCUAGAUCCAAAGCGGGCCAAGCUCGGGGUAUACGUAAAAUGGACCAUGAUAUCUCUGCUAAAGUUAAUCCCGGGUUUCUCAUUUUUAUUCCAUCCUAUGUCUAAGACCUUGUCCCUAUACUCAUUAUGUCUCGUGCUAAGAAGUAAUUUUUUAUCCUUCUGCCCUGUCAAUGUUUCAAAAAAUCUCUUAAAGUGUUUAUCUAUAAAAUUUGGGGGGUACUUAUUCAAAAGAAGGGUUAUUCUAACUUUUUCUAUUUCUCUUUCUAAAUCUUCUCUAUGGGAACAUAUUCUAACCGCUCGUAAAAGUGCUGAGGGGGGGAUAUUCUUCAUUACGUGGGGAGGGUGUGCUGAGUUAAAACGUAAAAUAUAGGGUU